AUGAAGAGGUCAAAGAUUGAGGAUAUGCCCGAGCGGACGUCCACGCCGUCGGCCUCUGUGGAGCCUCAUUAUCAUCAUCAUACUUGGACCCACCAUCAUCAAUCACUCGUGGGAACCCCCGUGGCGGCAAUUGUGGGUCGAAUGCUCGACGGCGCUUCAUCCGACGGCCGCGCGGCGGCAGGCGCCGCAGCGGCGGCGGCGGCGGCGGACCCCGCCGAUGACCUGACGGCCCCAGAAGCAGCAGCAACGGCGGCCGCUACUGCGCAUGCCGAGUUCUCCAUCGCCUGGCCCCCGACCUUUCCCGUCGGCGGACAUCCCGCGGAGGUCAUCGAGCUGAGGGCGGCGCUGUCGUACCGCGGCUGUGACGCGACUGCCUCUGCGGCGGCUCGUUUCGCAGCCGCCGCCGCGGCAAGUCGCUGUUCUCGGCUGCUGGCGGUGCGCGAAGACGUGGUGGUGGGGGAUGAGAGCGUCAAGAUGGUGGCUGGGGGCGGUGGCAACACGGGUCGAGCUCGAGCCAGGCUACGUCUUCACUCGGACUCCCCUGGAGUGACGUCAUGCAUCCUGACCGGGGACCAGGGUAUUCCCACCCUGGAGUCUUUUCAGGACGCCGCCCCGCUGAUGGGUUUGCCACAAGCCGCCAGGGAGGAGGCGCAUAGGCUGCUGUGGCGCAUGAUGCACGAGGCCUUGCCGUACAACCACUCCGUACUGCCGUACGACGCAGACGCGUUCCGCUCGCCCGUGGAUCUCCUUCCGCCUAAACUGCAGGCCGCGCUCAGCUGGGCUUGGUCGCACCACUUCCGUCCCUUCGCACAUGACUUCAGCUUCCUGCUCGACUGCAUGCCGUACAGCACCUCUGCCGCCACCGCCGCCACCUGUACUGCUGGCGGCGGCGGGUACGGCGAUGAAUCCGCUGGUGCGUCUGUCUCUGAUGCCGACGACGCGGUGUCCCACUACCAGUCCGUGCUCGCGCAGAUGGUGGGGUUCCUGCGCGACAACGAGAUGUUUGCGUGUCUGGCCACACUGCUGCAAACGGCAGUGGCGAGGGGGCUGGCGCUGCUGGGUGACGACGGAAGCUGCAUGGCGGCGACGCCGCCAGUGGCGGCGGCGACGACGGCGGCGACGGCGGCGCCGCCGGCGCCACCGUCGCCGUCCGUCGUGUCGGAUGCUGGGAUUGAGCAGCAGUACGAGGCUGUUGCCGCUGAGGCGGUUGCCGGCGGCGACGACGGCGACGAGGGUACCGCUGCGCCAGAUCCUGUUCUGACGGAAGAUGCCGUCGCCGCCGCCGAAGGUGAAGCGGCGGGGUGCGCCGGACUGGCGGCGGCGGCGCUACCGCCGCUGAUGAUCUCCUCCACCGACUCGCUGCCGCCCUCGUCCUCGCCGCGAAGAGCAGCGCUACAUGUGCUACAGCUAGCGUUGGCGCUUGCGGCGGCGGCGGGUACGGCGCUGGUGACGUACGGCCGUGGUGUUGAUGGCGUGAGGUGGUCGUCGCGAAAAUUCUCGGUCCUGUUGUGGAUCAUGAUCAUGCCGUACUUCCCGGCGGCGGCGGCGAGGAUAACGGCUCGCGGAGGCGCUGCCGCCUCCGCCACCUGGCGGCAGAGAUCCUCUUAUCACCACCUCAGCGACGACAGCGCCGGCUUGUCGUACGUCCAAUGUAUCACCCGCCGUAUGUCGCGGUUGGACUCGGCAGUAACGUUUUUAAUAGCCGGCUACAGCUCGGACAGCUCGUGCUGUGCCUGCGGGAUCCUGGUGUAUUGUUUAGCGUAA